AGGCAACAGCAGCAGAGGUGCAGAAGUAGACCCACAUGUAUUAUUUUGACAAUGUUUUACCUAACACCUCUGAGUAAUAGGCAAAUCAAUAACGUUGGGCUUUUCUAGCAAAUUAUUCUAGCUACCAAACAAUGUUUCCCCAUUUACAACUAGCUAGGUACUUUGUAACAAUCGAAUGGGCACAACGUGUGUAGAGCUAGCACAAUUAUUCUGAGACCAUCACGGUACAUUUGGGAACGAACUGUUUGUUGGCUGAAAAAGUAAUCGACACAUUCUGCGUUGUGCGUAGAACCACAAAAGCCAACUCGCGAGCCCUCUGCGAGAUUGGGUCGCUGGUGAGCAGCAAACACCAUCUGAAAAAGAAAGAGAACAUGGAAUAAACAUGGCACACAACAUAAGCUUUUUUGAAGCUCUGGAUAGAUCAGAGGCCAGGCGAGAUGGAGGGUACAAGCAGAACUGGAGCUUUUCUCUUUCUGAAGGCAGUGAAGAGGAGAGGAGACAUGACUGCACAUCGGUGGUGACCACGAAGGAGAUGGAUGGACAGCAGCACUCCUCCCCAGAGGGGCAGAAGUCCCCCGCUCUUAGGCACUUCUCUUCUGCGGAUCCCCUGAAAACAUACGAAAACAGGCCAAAUGCAAAUAAUCACAUAAGGGCUCUAAACAAACUAGGAACUGGCAAGAGGCUAAGUGAAAUCCCAUACCCGGUAGCAACGACGUCACCAAUGCCGAACAGAACAGACUAUUUAAUCGGCAGCCCAACACCGCCUCAAGGGGUCGUUCUACAGGGGAGACACUUUCAGCACACCCACCAUGUUCCUGCUGCAAUGAGGAAACCUGUCCAAAGCAACCUUGACUUAAAGGAAAGGAAAGAGUACAGCACCACCCAGCAGCAGAUCCAACCAGUAGAAGUAGAGAGCAUCAUUCUCACCUGUCCAGAGAGCCCAGCCAACGACAACUCGAGCAUCAAACGCGUGUCCAGCAGCACAGUCGGAGAGCCUCGGCGGAGGGCUGUUGUAGCUUUCCCUCGCAGGUUCAGAUCGAGGAGGCCCUACAUCAAAACGUAGUGUGCGGGAAGUGUAGCAAAUCCAGUGACAACAGCACCAUGUGUGAACACUGUGGGAACCCCUUGGCGUUGGAGGCCCCCCACCUCCACCACCCCCCCUGCAGCCCAGCCUACGUCCCCCACGCCCAGACCCCCCCAUCCGACCCCACCCC